CUAGGAGACGCUCUUCUCCUGCUUCCAGCUCGCUCAUCCCGCAGGAGACGCUCUAUCCUCCAGCGCUCGUUGCCAGGGAGCCAGAGUCCGGCCGGUGACGUCACCGAGCAAGAUGGCGGAGGAGAAUAUAUUCCUGUUUGUGCCCAACCUGAUCGGUUAUGCCCGGAUACUCUUUGCCUUCGUCGCUUUCUAUUUCAUGCCAACCUCCCCCCUGGUGGCGUCCACCUUCUAUCUGCUCAGUGGUCUCCUGGACGCCUUUGAUGGACACGCAGCUCGAGCUCUUGACCAAGGCACCAAGUUUGGAGCCAUGCUGGACAUGCUGACCGACCGCUGCGCCACCAUGUGUCUCCUGGUCAACCUGUCCCUGCUGUACCCGUCAUACACUCUGCUAUUCCAGCUGAGCAUGAGCCUGGACAUCGCCAGCCACUGGCUGCAUCUCCACAGCUCAACCCUGAAGGGCAGCGACAGCCACAAGACCAUCGACCUGUCGGGUAACCCUGUACUGCGGCUGUAUUACACCUCCCGGCCGGUCCUAUUCUUCAUGUGCGCCGGGAACGAGCUCUUCUACUGCAUGUUAUACCUCCUGCACUUCACAGAGGGACCAGCAGUCAUCUUGGGACCCCUCGGGGCUGUCGGACUCUUCCGCCUCGUCAUCUGGCUCUGCUGCCCGGUCUCUCUAGUAAAAUCCCUCAUCAGCCUCCUGCACCUGGUGACUGCCUCCUGCAACAUGGCCGCCCUGGACAACGCAGAGCGGGCCAAAAAGAAGAAGUUAAAGGAUUAAAGCGACGGAAGCUUCUAGAACACAGUAUUUUCCCAACUAGGGUGCCUCCAGCUGCUGCAAAACACCCAGCAUGCCCAGAGUUGUAGUUUCGCAACAUCUGAAGACACCCUGGUUCGGAAAACAAAAAUUUUACUUGCCAAAAUUUUAAUUUCCUGG